AUGAAAUUCAAACUAUCAUUGUUAGUGUUGGCAAUUGUUUUAAACAACAUCAGAAGCUCCACCAGUGAAUACAGUUCAGCUACCAACCUUCGCUUUACACCUGAAGCAGUGAUCCAUCAACUCUCGGAACAAAUAAGGUUCCUGAUCAGAAGUGGCGACAUUAAUAACGGAAUACCAGUACUGGAUCCUUAUGAGUUCCAGUGGAAGCAACUGGACCUGGCAGCAGGACAAAUAUUCAGCGCCAAAGUCAAUAUAACGAACGCAAAAGCAACAGGAUUGGGAAACUUCAAACUUCAGCAUUUCAACUUUUACAAAAAUGACGUCUCUAUCGCCGUACACAUCGACAUUCCAGUGUUGAAGUUUAAUUCAGAAUAUUAUGAGUUGAAUGGUAAUAUUUACGAAGCAAUACCCAUAAAAGGACAAGGAAUAGCUGAUAUUGAAAUACACAAUACAUCGCUGUGGGGCAAAAUAUAUCUGAAGCAGUCGGAUGAUGGUAAAUCCGUACUUUUGGACAAAAUCGAGGAGCCUGAAUUCAGCAUCGAACGGAUUGUGUCACGCACCCAGUUCGACAACAACAUAGACGGCCUCAUUAGCUCUAUGGUGGAGGAGCUUCUGGCCGACUACCUGACACGCUUCAACAAGUACAUAGCCCAAGCCUACAUAGAUAAGAUUGUGGGCUACCUGAACCCAACGCUGGACAAGUUCGACAACUGGAACAUUAUUGCUGUUUUGCUGUCUGAUAACCAGGAUAACGGUGGCAACGACAAUUAAUUACAAUAAUAUGGCCUUUUACACUA